AUGUCUACUGCCUCUGUGGCACGAGACAUAGUGGAGAUCUUCGAGAGACAUGGCGAGUGGCGAGCAGAAGAAGCCAAGCGGCUAUUGGAUCUUGACCGUACCUCCACCACCGAGCAAAAGGAAGAAGUGAUUGAACGCACAGCUUGGCACAAGGACAUGGAGCUACUGCAGUACUGGGGCUUCUCGUACGGAUCUGUCCUUGGGGCGACGCUUUCGACGAUGUACGCCGACCGUAUUCAUAGAGCAGUACUUGAUGGUGUAGCAGACAGUCAUGACUACAUGGCAGGUGGCUGGUCGACAAACCUGCGUGACACAGACACAACUCUUGUAAAGCUUGCGGACUACUGCUGGCAAGGUGGGAACGGCAAUUGUCCCAUAUGGCAUGAAGAUGGGCCAGCUGUCAUUGCAGCCAACAUUAUAAGCACCGUCCAGGACCUAAAGAACGAUCCGAUCGAGGUGCCAGAAGUGUCAGGUGCAGGUCCAGCAAUUGUAACAGCUAAUGAUCUUGCUCGCUUGAUUCGAGACAUCGUCUACAACCCGCUCAAGUACUUUCCGCUUACAGCACAUAUCCUUCGUGACCUUGGCACGCGCAACGGCACCUCACUUGCAAAUUGGGCCCGCGAGCAGCUUCCAGCCGGUCUAGGCGAGCCACUGAACAAGCAGUGCGAGCAAGGCGGGCCAUACAGUCCUGCUUGCUUCGAGACCUCAACGCCCGGUGGCUCGAUGAAUUGGGACGGCACAUAUGCCAUUGCGUGUAGUGACGGUCCAGGAGAUCGACUCAAUCAGUCGAAAGCAGAGUUCAAAGACUAUGCCGACCGCAUUACGGCGCAAAGUCGAUUGAUCGGAGCAGCUUGGGCGGCUAUCCAGCUGCCUUGUACAGCAUGGCACGCUCGUCCACACUGGAGGUACGAAGGCAAUUUUCACAACACGACUGCGCAUCCAAUCCUAUUCGCCGGCAACACGAUCGACCCUGUCACACCGUUGUAUAAUGCAUACCUAAUGGCGUCUGGUUUCGAAGGAGCGGGCGUACUUCAUCAGGACUCGGAAGGCCAUUGCACUUACGGCAGCGUAUCGAUGUGCAGUGGAAGAGCUAUCAGACAGUAUUUCCAGACUGGCGAGUUGCCUGGAAAGGUUGGCGGUCUGAAGGACGAAGAUUGGGAUGGCUAUGGUAAGCUUUGCGAGCCUGAUCUUGUGCCACUGCAAGGCUAUCGUGCAGAUGAGCCAGUGUUUCCUAGGCCACCCAAAGGCGAGCAAGAUACUGCUCUAUGGCAGGCACUAGUGAGCCUCAACAGGGUAUGGCCAUAA